GUCACUGCUCCCAGAACCACAGCCGCCGUUUUCUCACUGCAAUAUUUACUUUUCAGCUUCUGGCAACAAAUGGCCACAAACCGAUCAAAGGUGAAAGUGACGGUGAACCAGACAGAGCAGUCAGUGGCUGCAUAAAGCAGGACGGCAUGGAUAUUACACACCGGGACGGAGUACCUCAGGAAAUAAAACUGUUCCUGAUAAACAAUGGGAAUGUGUCUCAGGAUCAGGUCGAGGAUAAUGACCAGGAGAUCCGCCGCUGCCAUGGCUCCCAGGGAGCACGUGUCUAUCUCCGAAGGAAGUUAUUACGGUACCUUGCUGGGACAACUUCGUUGUUCAGUACUUCCCAGGAGCUGAAAAAUGAUGCCAUGUUCUUCGUGACCUGCAACACAUUAUCAACGGAGAUGAGCACCUCGCCAAGACCUUCCCCACACCUCCACUGCUUGCCUUUAAACAACCACCAAACCUCAAACAGAUUAUAUGUUUAUAGCAAGCUGCCCAGCUUUCAGGACAGCGCCAUACAACCCUGUCACGGUAGGCGCUGCAAGACGUGUCAGAAUGUGGACAUGGGUAUUACCAUUACAUGUGAGGACACCUCCCACCAUGUACGUGGCAGGUACUCAUGUGACUCAGCCAACAUUGUCUAUCUUAUACGUUGCAGGCAAGGGCGCCUGGAGGCAUGGUACACUGGGGAAACCGAGCAAAGGCUACAGCAACAGAUGAAUGGGCACCACACAACAAUCAACAGACAGAAGUGUUGCCUCCCAGUUCGGGACACUUCUGCGGUACAGGACAUUCGACCUCGGACCUUCGGCUGAUUAUCCUCCAAGGCACGGUGGGCACAGUGGUUACCACUGCUGCCUCACAGCGCCAGGGACCUGGGUUCAAUUCCCGCCUCAGGCGACUGACUGUGUGGAGUUUGCACAUUCUCUCCGUGUCUGUGUGGGUUUCCUCCGGGUGCUCCGGUUUCCUCCCACAGUCCAAAGAUGUGCGGGUCAGGUGAAUCGGCCAUGCUAAAUUGCCCGUAGUGUUAGGUAAGGGGUAUAUGUAGGGGUAUGGGUGGGUUGCGCUUCGGCGGGUCGGUGUGGACUUGUUGGGCCGAAGGGCCUGUUUCCACACUGUAAGUAACCUAAUCAAAAGGCAGACUUCAGGACAGGCAACAGCGAAAAGUGGCCAAACGGGGGCUGAUAGCUAAGUUUGGUACCCAUAGGGAGGGCCUCAACCGGGCCCUUGGGUUCAUGUCAUACUACAGGCGACCACCAGUGCACUAUAUACACACACAGACACACUUACACACACACACACACACACACACACACACAGUCACUCCUAUAUACACACAUACACACGGACACACAUAUACACAGACAUGCACACAGACACUCGCGCACACCCUUACAGACACACACACUCCCAUACUCACACAUGCAUCCUCUCAGAGACUGAGACCACUCUACACUCAUGCAGGCACAUAUACCCUCUCUCUCACAGACACUCGCAAACCCCCACCCCAGACACAGACACACUACCACACUCACACAUGCACCCCCUCACUGAAUUAAGACACUCUGCAAUCACUACACACACAUGUACACUCUCACUCACACUUACAACCCCCAAGCCAGACAGACAUACACACAGACAGACACAAAGACCCAUAUGCGCACAUACAUUUUGUGGGGUGAAUUUGUACUUGCAGAGUUACAUUGUACUUUACUCAAAAACAGUAAAACUCUGUUAUCUGACUUUUUAGGUUAGAAUCGAUCUAAAAUCAUGGCAUGGACAGAGAACACAGGGCGCUAACACCUUCGACAUAUUGUGUAACUAACCCACUUGUUACAGUUAACCUGAGAAUGCAACUUAAAAUAAAAGGUUUUUUGAUUUACACACGGAAGAAGCUAAACUAUCAUGGUAUUCGAACAGAUGAAAGACUCAACAGACAAUCAAGGUAAUUUUCAAUGUGUAGUUUCAGUUACAUCAUACUGUAAUUUUUUGCUAUAAAUACUGUGCCUUACAAUUUUGUCCCCCACAAUCACCUGAAGAAGGUGCGGUUCUCUGAAAGCUAAUGUGCUUCCAAUUAAAC